AUAGGAAGUGUGAUGAAAUUGAAUUGGAAUAAAUAUAAAACAAUAAUGAAUUCUGAAUGGAAAAAGUAUUUAUUUUGGUUUGCCCAUGAGCAUAUUGACUUUCGAGAAGCUGUAAGAAAUGAAGUCUAUCCUAAGUAUGUUCAAUACAGACACCAAUGUUAGCCCUAAUUUGAAAGAAAAUCCUUAUUGGAUAAUUAAUUUACCUUCAGAGACUAUUGCACAUCAAAUAUCAAGUAGAGCAGUUUGUGUUAAAUUCUGUAUGGAAUUAUGGGCAAAUAGCAAAACAUUGGAAGAGCUGCAUAGUAAAUUAAAAUCUUAUCCAGUAACAGAAAUAAAAAAGCAUGCUGGGAAAAAUAAAUCAUUUAAAAUAAAGGUUGAAACCUUUUGUAAACACUUUCCACAACGUGAAAAAGUAAAUAAAAUCGAGGCUUUCAAUUAUUUACCUCUGGAAGGGCCAGUGAGAUUGAAUAAUCCAGAUACAACUUUAUGUUAUGUAGAAUUUUAUGGAUUAAAUCCCAAUGACAUUCCUGAGAAACCUUAUGAAUUAUUUUUUGGUAGAUGGAUUACUAGUGGACAGAGAGAUUUAAUUAGGAAAUUAUCCUUGAAAACUAGAAAAUUUAUAGGUAACACUUCCAUGGAUCCUCAGUUAUCACUAAUAAUGGCAAAUCAGGCUCAAGUUCAGAAAGGAGAUAUUGUUCUUGAUCCUUUUGUUGGUACUGGGUCUUUGUUAGUUGCUGCUUCUCAUUUUGGAGGGUAUACAUUAGGAACAGAUAUAGAUUUUCUAAUGCUUCAUGGACGUACAAGACCAACUCGAAUCACUCAAAAGAUUAGGGAAGAAGAUGAAAGUAUUGCCGCAAAUAUGAGUCAGUAUGGGAUACGAUCAUAUUAUCUCGAUGUUGUUGUGUCCGAUUUUUCUUACGCUUUAUGGCGUACGGAUAUGCGAAUCAACGCUAUAAUUACCGAUCCUCCUUAUGGUAUAAGAGAAGCAACAGAAAGAAUAGGUACAACAAAAGUAAACCCAGUAAUAGAAGAACAUCAAGCAUCAUCUCAUAUACCAUCUAAAAUUGGUUAUGAUUUAACUCAAAUAUAUACGGAUUUGUUGAGUUUUUCGGCCAAGCAUCUUGAAAUACAUGGCAGACUUGUGUGUUGGUUCCCUCUGUUUAGGGAUCAGUAUUCAGAACAGCAUUUACCAACACACCCAUGCUUAGAAUUAAUAGCAAAUUCAGAACAAGUACUUAGUAAUUAUACUAGUCGAAGGUUAUUAACUUAUAAAAAAAUAAAAGAUCCAAAGGAGUCAGAUGAAGUAAUUUCUACAAACUUAAUCGAUUUUCGAGAAAAAUAUUUUGCAUUAAGAAACGAAAGUCGAAAAGAAAAACGACAGAAGAAAGCUGUAGAAAAAGCAAAGAACAGAGAGCUUUGGGAACAGAAUAAUAAAGAGAAUGCACAAAGAUGACUCUGUAAUUA